AUGGGUUCCAGGCUGAGCAGACAGAGCAGCCUGGAUAAUGAGAAUUUCUCAAAAAAGCGACGCAAGCUUCUAGAUAGCACUGGAGAGAGCGACAGGGGCAGUCGGGGUGGCGGGGACUUUCUGUUUGCACUGAUGCUGAAAUCAGACAAACUGCCUGGGAUGCUGCGGAGAACCAACCACAGCCCGUACAUGAGGCGAGUGGCGUGGAUCAAAGAGAUACAGAAGCUGCUCCGUGACCGCAGGAUAGAGCAGGCAACCGACGUGCUCAAAUUACUGAGGAAGGAUCUGGGUUUGGAAGGCACCUCGCUCAACGACAUCUUGUACAAAAACGCUGCCUUCCUCAACCUAGUGGACCCGAUCUCGCACGAGCUGCUGCUCAGCCUGGCUCGGGAGAUGCAGUGUCCCAAGAAGGAUGCAGACACCAUAAAGUCUUCUGAUAAGAUUUGCAGACAGCUGAUCUACCACCUGACCCCGCACUCAAAGUGGCUGAGGCAGAGCAUGUCCAGACGGAAAUCCCAGGCCUGUCUCAAGACAACCCUACAGAAAAAGCUGUCCAGUGACACUGUUGACUUGUCCGGCAUCCCUCUGUCCACUCGUGAUGUCCGCCAAGUAGCCUUUUACCUCCAAAACAACAGAGACAGUGUGGUGGCUGUGGACAUCAGCUUCACUGAACUCCAGGACGAGAACUUGAGGCUUCUGCUGCCUCUUCUCGCCUCGCUGCCCAAACUCAGCACUCUGGCUCUUAACGGUAACCGCCUCACCCUGGCUGUCCUCAAAGACCUCACCGAGAUGCUCAAAGACCCCAAGAAGUUCUCCAGCCUGGCCUGGAUCGACCUGGGCAACAAUGUGGAUAUUUUCACCAUGCCUCAGCCGCUGCUAGUGGCGUUGCGUCGGCGCUGUAGCCUGAAGAGCAGUUUACCAACCAUCUAUGAGUACACAGAGGGUCAGCCCUACUGCUACCACCUGGAGACUUCUAUCGAGGAGCCCAGCCACUACGAGGAGGAAGAAGAGGAGGAGGAAGAGGCGGAGGAUGACGAGGAUGACAUGGGGAACAAAUUCGAGCUGGAGCCGUGGGGUUUAGGGGAGAAGCAGCUCUCCAAAGACUUCACCCUUCACUACUGUGAGAGGUGA